AUGGACUUCGACGAGGACGUUGCGUCGCUCAUGCGCAGGAUGGACGCGACGCUGCUCCGCAUGCAGUCGGAGCUGCUGCCGUUGCUGGCGUCCCUCAACGAGGACGUGCUGGUGACAAAUUACAGUGUGGACGAGCAGGCCCGCAUCUCCCUCGCCGCGGCCUUUGCGCUCGUCUUGCUGACUUACUCCCAUGACAGACUGCGGAAUGCGGCGGGGAAGGCGGGCAUGGAUGCACGGGUGCAACUGAAGUUGGAGCGUGUCUCCGGGUACAUUAAGAAGCUGCGCGAGAUCACGCAGCUGGACAGCCAGCAGCAAGAGGGGACGGCGACGACAACAGCGGCAGCCACCGCGAAGGCCGCCCGGAAGCGUGGGCGUGAGGAGGCCGAGGGGGACAACGCCGAGCCGCGCGCGGCAACCGACGCCAGCGCCGUAGACGACCCGUACGGCGACGCCAUUCUCUUCACUGGGAUUGAACGGGGCGCAGGGAAGGCGGUGCCGUCGUUGAUGCAGAACCUCCUGAGGCACGUGAAGGAGUCAAGUAGCGCGUAA